ACCCUGUGGCAAUGGCGGCGCCCACGUGCACGGUGCAGGUAGCUGUAGCUGCAGUCCGCUGAUAAAAAAAGCCUUUUCCCCGUGCCGACAACGGUUUUUACCUCGCGCAUUGCCUUGUGAUUAUCCGUGUUGAUGAGAGCCGCGUCCUGCCUGUGCUUCUUCGUCCGAUGGCGCCCUGCUUUGCUCCGGAGGUGGGUGAGAUGUGCGUGUAGCGGGCCGACCGAUGCCGAUCGCCUGACCCGCCUUGUCGCCAGCAUGCCCAAAGAACCGACGGCCGCCAAGGAGCUGCGGGCACAGCGGGUCAAGGCCAAGGGCGCUCCCAAGCCCAGGCCGUCCGAGAUCACGCUCUGCGUGCUGGGCAACGGGGGCCCCGGCAACCCGCGCUCGCUCUACGUCAUCACGGACCAAGCGCGCUACAUGUUCAACUGCGGCGAAGGCACCCAGCGGCUAGCUCACGAACACAAGAUGAAACUCUCCAAGUUAGAGAACAUUUUUUUCACUCAUAACGCGUGGGGCAACCUGGGAGGCCUUCCCGGCCUGGCGCUGACCGUGCAGGACAUUGGGGUGCCCGAGCUGCGCCUCCACGGUCCGACCGACGUCGAGCAGCUAUUCGACAUGACCAGAGGCUUCAUGGUGACGGACCGCCUGACCAUUGCGAAGCGCAGCCCGUCUGACGGGCCUUUCUCGGACCACUGCAUGGAGGUGCAGUACGUGCCGCUUUUCCCCCAGGUCACCUCCGACAAAGCGUGUAAAAAAGGGAAAUGUGACGUGGACUGCGCUUCGGUCGUGGCGUACAUUUGCAAGCCCCACAGCAAGCCGGGCCAAUUGCACCUCGGCAAGUGUGUCGACCUAGGCGUUCCCCCUGGACCGUUGCUCGGCGAGCUGAAGAACGGCCGGGACGUCACGCUCCCCAACGGCACCCUGGUUAAGUCGUCGGACGUGGUAUCGCCAGACGAGCCCGGUCCCGUGUUCAUAGUGGUGGAGGUUCCGUCGGAGGAGUACCUGGACCCGCUGCUGGAGAACGCCGCCUUCACUAGCCACCAGGCGACGGCCGCCCGGGAGCAGGACGCUGCUCGGGUGGUGGUGCACUUCAGCCCGCCAUCGGUAAUGGAGCGGCCGGCCUACCUCGACUGGAUCACCAGGUUUCCAGCCAGCACAGUGCAUCUGGCGCUAAACGAGUACGCGGGCACGCUAAGCAGCGCCGCCGUCUACCGAGCCCAGCACAGGCUGCAUCUGCUGAGCUCCUCCAUCUUUCCCUUGCUCCACGUGGAGGAAGCCUCUGGCGUCCCGAAAGACCUUCGAGAUGCCAAUGUCCAGGCGGCGGAGACGCUGACCAAGUUCAGGUUACGGCCGAACCUCGGGCUGCAGAAGGAUGCUGUGGUGGCCCUGGACCCCGCCGCCUACGUCCAGGAGGCUUGGGCUAGUCCCGGCUUCUCGGAGAGGCUGCAAGAGCUCAAGGCUGCCUCUGCCGCGAAGUCACAAGACAGCGCAGCGGCGUCAUCCUACCCAGAAAUUGUGUUCCUCGGCACGGCGUCGGCCAUUCCCGGCAAGGACCGGAAUGUUAGCGCUGUGCUUGUCAACCUCCGUGAGGACCUGUGCAUCCUGCUGGACUGCGGGGAAGGGACGCUGAACCAGCUGGUCCGGUUCUAUGGCCUCUCACGGGUGAACAAAGUGCUAGCUACGCUGGGGUGCAUCCUGGUGUCGCACCUGCAUGCAGACCAUCACUUGGGCCUGAUUGCACUUCUGCGGGCGAGGCAGUCUGCCCUGGAGGCCCUCGGCCUGCCCAAGGAGCCGGUGCCUGUGGCGGCGCCGAGGUUCAUGGUUCCCUGGACCUCACGGUGUGACCGUUCCUUCGAGCCCGUCUCCCACCUCUUCAUGUUCGUGGACAAUGCGUCACUGCUCUGGGACCAGCCGUCUCCGGCGGAAGAGCGCUCCGACCUGAUCCGCAGGCUCAAGCUCAAGGACCUGAGCAGCGUGCUGGUGAAGCACUGCAAGCAUGCAUACGGGUUCACGCUGACGACAGAGGCCGGCUGGAAGCUGACGUAUUCUGGGGACACAAUGCCCUGUGAGGACCUGGUGCGGGCCGGUACGGGCAGUGACAUCUUGAUUCACGAAGCGACCAUGGAAGACGACCUUGCCGAGGAGGCCUUGCUGAAGACGCACAGCACAACCAGCCAGGCCAUCGAUGUGGGCAGCCGGAUGGGGGCCCGCUUCACGCUGCUGACGCACUUCAGCCAGCGCUACGCCAAGCUGCCCCUUGUGUCGGACCGGUUCCACGCCUCGGUCGGCUGUGCCUUCGACCACAUGUUGGUGCGGCCAUCCGACCUGCCCGUGCUGCCGCUCCUCUUCCCGGCGCUGAAGAGCCUCUUUGCAGAGCACUACCAAGAGAUGUGCGACAAGACGGCCAAGAAGCUGCGACAGAAGGCCCUGCAGCACGACGAGAAGCGCAUGCCAGACGGGCUGCCCACUGCACAACAUGCAUCUGCGUGACCUGGUGGCAGACACGGCUGUUACCUUGGCCCAGAAGAGUUUGACUGGGAAAUCUCCAUCACAAUCUCUUUGUUUCUGAGUGGGAUGUGAAGAGGAUUGUGCUCCCGCAUGCAUUCUUUCCCCAAAGAGGCCUCUUUGUGGAUAACCAAUUACCACCUCAGUUUGAACACCAUUCAAAGGUGCUAAGGAUCAUUUCUGCUGCCCUUUAGCCUUGUUUCUCUUUUGGUCUGGCCAGUGCAUUGCGGAUCAGCCAACACAGCAGCAACGAGUCAAUCUUCGAACUUUCCACUGCCCUAUAAGGCCCAGCCAAGAUUUACACUGUCAGUCCGAAAAGCUAGCAAAAUGAAACAAAACCAUCCUAUUUGACCCAAAGCCACUCAUCUAUGAUGCCUCCCUUGUUUUUCGGGACAGGAUCCCGGACUCUGCCCUUGGAGACCACAAGAAACAAUUAUACCCCCCCCCCCCCCCCCCCUAAGAUACGAGGGUUUAUUUAUUUCUUCUUUGCAGUACUAUGGGCAUCUUGUUCAGGGGCAUUGCAAAAAGAGUGCGUACAUGGCCAAAAAUACACAGACAUCGGAAUGAUUGGUUGAUUUGUUUGGGUGAUUCAUAGCAGGCUGUGCUGUUAUUUUGCAAAGGCAAACAAAAGGCAGCUCCAAGAACUUGAAUGGUGUGAGUAUAAAACUACUAAUAUAUGGCUUCAUUAGUAGAAAUGAGAAUGCACUGUAUUAUGAAACAUGAUGGGGUUGUGUCGCUAACAUGUCAGCAGGUCCUUCCAGUCCUUAACAGUGUGCAAGAAAAAAGAUAAUCUACGCGACCAGUAAUUUGUGAUCUGUGGCGUGGGUGGUUUGGUCGUGAUGAUGCUCUGCUAGGAGAAAGUAUUAGUGUGUUACAAUGCCCUAGAUGAUAAUAAAUUUUAUGAAAG